GUCCACCGGUGAAUGAGUGGAAUCACCUGUUCGUACGUUUCUACUGUUCGUACAGGACAAUUUUUCAUACCAAAACUUGACCUUGUCUCCUCUGAGAUGAAAUGAGUGUUUUAACGAGCAGAAUAGCCAAGAUUCCAGCAGCGACAUGGUCCCGAUCAAGACUUUUCAUCUUCCGAAGACCGUUUUCCGAAGAUUCCGCUCUGGCAUCGAAAAAUGAAGUUUAUUUGCAAAACAUCCCCGAUUAUCUGCACUUUCAUGAAAACUUCGACAGUGACUUGAUGAAGAAGAUUAUUUUUUCCAUGAAAAUCUACCCAAAUUUCAUCUCGCAAGCUGAGGAGGAAUCGAUUUUUGCUGAAAUUCAGCCGUAUUUGAAAAGACUUCGAUAUGAGUUUGAUCAUUGGGACGAUGCGAUUCAUGGCUACCGUGAAACCGAGAAAUUAAAAUGGAACGAAGCAAACACAAAAAUUAUUGACCGCCUCCGAGGCAUUGCUUUCCCUCCUGGAACUUCUCAAUUGGCGCAUGUCCACGUCCUGGACUUGGACGCCAAGGGUGUGAUUAAAGCCCACAUCGACAGUGUUAGAUUCUGCGGGAGCACCAUUGCUGGUAUAAGUCUGCUUUCCAAUUCUGUCAUGAGACUAGUCAACGACAAGCAAAAAGACCAGAUUGUCGACAUUUUUCUCCAACAGAGAUCAAUGUACAUAAUGAAGGACAACGCGCGGUAUGAUUACACCCAUGAGAUUCUAAGCGAGGAGAAUUCUUUUUUUAAAGGAGAAAAGGUUCCACGUUCAAGAAGAAUUUCUGUGAUUUGCCGCAAUGAGCCGCUUGCAGACAAGUAGAGUGAGAAU